ACUACUGCGGCCUCAGAUUGUAUCGUACGUCAUCUGAUGUUGACAAUUGAACCUACACGUUACGCCCAUUGAGCUAACAUCAAUAUCCGCAGUUAAGUUUUCGGCGGAAUCCUAACCUAUAGAUUUGAAAUUUAUCUCGAAUUUAAUGAAUACUUAAAACGGGGUGUGUUUAUCGUUGAUAACGAUCGUAGGACUGUGCCUUGUCAAGACAAUCAAUGAGAAAUAGACUUCUUUUAUUCUCUAUUUUUGUAUUUCUUUAGCGUAAAAAAACUAAAGUGACACCAAGUGACGUUCGAAUGUUUUAGUUUAUCAAAGAACAAUGUUUUGCAUAUUACAACCGCUUUUACGAAAGCUCUACAUCCUCUUGUCAAAGAUAAAAAUAAAAUACGUUUGUUUCGGUUUCAUUGUGAUCGCCACGCUCGAUUUUUUCGGCGUAUUCCACCACGCUUUUGAGACAUCCUAUCACGAUUCAUUUACGUAUCCGUACUACGGUGAGAUCCACGAAUUCGUAGCACAACUUCGUAAUAAUGAGAAACCGGAUGUGGAACCGAUCAACGAUUAUAAUUACACUUUCAUCUACGACCUCAAAGAAAAGUGCAUUGAGUACGAGCACAGUAAUCUGCGUUUGGUUUUUCUGGUGAAAUCGGCGGUAAACAAUUUCGACAGACGAAUUGGAAUCCGGAAUUCAUGGGGCUUUGAAAAACGGUUUUCUGAUGUGCCGAUAAAGACUGUGUUCCUGGUAGGCAGAUCACCAGAGAAUCCAGAAUUGGAGGCACGUCUGAAAGCUGAGGCGAUAAAGCACAAAGAUAUCGUACUGAUCGAUUUUAUCGACACCUACUUCAAUAAUACCAUAAAAACAAUGAUGGGAUUCAAAUGGGCAGUGAAAUACUGUCAGAAUUCAAAAUUCUAUAUGUUUGUCGACGACGACAUGUAUGUUUCCCUCAAAAACGUUCUCAGGUAUGUUAGACACCCGACUGGCUACCCCGACUACCUGAAGGAUCCUAAAGGACCGGAACACUUAGGGCUUUCCAAAGGUUCCAAAAAACAUCUGUAUGCUCGGAUGCGUCGGGCAACCGUUAGGGAAAAAAUAAUUGCCAGAAAGAAACCUGGGUGGAUCUUGCAUAACAAAACUUUACACCCAAGUGCAGUAGGCAUUUCAAGGAACAGGACCAAGAGGCAGAUAUUUGAUAUUGAACUACCGGAAGAUGUUCGCUUAUUUACCGGGUAUGUUUUUGUCUCUGCGCCACACAGGCACAGGACCUCCAAGUGGUAUGUUUCCUUGGAUGAAUACCCUUACCAUCUAUGGCCGCCAUAUGUAACUGCCGGAGCUUAUAUUCUCUCAAAAGAAGCGCUGCUUGAUAUGUACUAUGCCAGCUUUUACACCAAGCAUUUCAGGUUCGAUGAUAUCUACUUGGGACUAGUUGCCAAGAAGAUAGAUAUCGAACCUUUUCAUUGCGACGAUUUUCAUUUUUAUAAAAAAGAUUAUACAAAGUACAAUUAUAAGUAUGUCAUUGCUUCUCAUGGGUAUGGUGAUCCGAACGAACUAUUGAGAGUAUGGAACGAACAGAAAGCUUUGGGAUAUGCUUAGAUAUUCAGAUAAUCGAGUGGUAUAUUUAUACUUUGACUCUUCUGUAAUGGAGGUUUGAGAUCUGAAAUCGAAUCUUUUCAUUUGAUUUUGUUUUUUGGGCUCGUUCUAAUGCCUACGAUCCAUGCAAAAGCCGUAAUAGUUAUUUUUGUUGUGCAAUAUUCAACUAAAAAGAUUCCAGUAUAUGUAAGAUAUUGUUCUCAAAAUCGUGUUAGGUACUUCAUUAGGUGCUAAUUGCAGUAUUCUGUGAUUUAAGAUGUGAAAGUUAACGUCAAGGGUCUUGAAAUUUUUUUAGCUAUCAUUAAGUUUAGUGUGUAAUAACGUCUUUCUUCAAUUUAAAAAUAUAUUGGUUCAAUGUUUAUUUGUCUAUCAUAUAAAAUUUCAUAUUCAUCUAACUUUAAAUUUAGAAUAGCUGCCUUUGUCCAUACAUAUUCCCACUGGAAUAUGGGUAUUCUUUACGUUGCUCGAGUAUCAACAUGUUUUUAGAUCCUUUUUACUUUUUGUUUUACUUUUGUAUUAAAGUCAUAUUAGUAUGUAGUCAUGAUUUAAUUGUAAUGUCAUUAAAAUUACUUAUAAUUGUUAAUCUUAAAAAUAAAGCUUUAAAUGUAUCAUUGUAAACUUAGUACAAAAAAACAAAGACCUCAGAAAUGCUAUAUCAGUUAAUUAUGAAGUGAAUUCUAUAAGUCUUGAUGUUGAGAGAAAUAUUAAACAAUAGCAAGACUGAGCAUCUAUAUGUACUAUUCCAAUUGAAAUCAUUUUACAGUUGCUGAUAAAACUUGUAUUGUGUCUAUUUAUGGAAAGAAAGUGGACCUUGAAAAUGCUCUAAUACUGAACAUUAUAUAUUCUACGAGCUUGAAGUUAGUAAUCUUAAGAUAAU